AUGUUAUUUAAUGUGAUUAUAUUUCUUCUGGUCGUCAAAGCGUUGCUAAGUACACGCGUCCCAGGCAACCGACACAAGCAAGGCAUCGUCCACUUCCGUCGCGUGUUAGGGAUCGCGGUUGUCUUUGGAAUCACGUGGCUGUUUGGCAUCCUAGCUAUUGGAGAACUAAAACUCAUCUUCCAAUAUUUAUUCUGUAUAACCAAUGCCUUUCAGGGCUUUAUUAUAUUUAUAUUAUACUGUCUCACUGACAGGAAAGUUCGAGAAAGACUUGUGAGGUUUCUAUGUGCGUUACCAGACCCGAACAGAAAUAAUCGUAUCAUAGAUUCAACCUCAACUCAACAGCAGACUGAUAUUGACAUAAACUUGGAAAUGUUUGAAGAGAGGACUCUAUCCUCUAGGCCUCGAAACUGGUCUGGAACAUGGCCAAUGUCAGGACAUUCGAAUCUUACACGGAUAAUACCCGAAGAGGCCAAAGAUCCUGUUGUUCUCUACCCUCCUCCGGCUGGCUCAAGUUAUAAUUAUCCGCAUAUGAUGGGUUCAAGUUAUAACUCACGUAUGGUAGGGUCAAGUUAUAACAAAAAUAUGCUGGAAUCAAGUUUUGAUUCGAACCUUGCCGGCUCACGAUAUCUCUCGCAUCCAGUAGACCCAGGUUAUGACCUAAAUCCUGAAUGGGAAUAUGAGCUUGAUACGUUUGACCAGCCUUACACUCAUCGUAAUCCCCCUGGCAGUCGGCCUGUGACCCACGUACAUUUACAAGGAGAAGCAAGCGGUGAUAAGUUAGUAGAUUCGACGUUAUCACAGCUGGAACGAAGUGGAGGGGAGGCGUCUUUGCAAAGUGUUAAUUCAAUUUUAUUCUUCGACGAAGGGCGAAGAGUUGAGGUGCCCAAAUACCCUGAGUUGUCAGGCAAUAAUAAUAAUUGGGAACGACCAAGAAUGGGGCCAUUGGAUGAUUCGAGAAGACGUGAACAUAGUUCGGAAGGACCUCGAAGAUACACUCAAGGCGGAGAUGGGUUAAGUUUCUAUAAAACACCUAAAAAACAAAGGCAUAGCUCUGCUACGACAUCUGAUGAAUUGAGCAAAAGGAUUAUUUAUCCGAAGGGGAAAUCAUUGCGGGACAAAUUAAAAGGUGUCCAUUUCUCAGCGGAUGAGCUUGCAAAUUCGCCUAAAGAAUCUGAGCGUUGGAGCGAGAUGCCCGCUUUCCCUAGAUUAAAAACUCAUUCUCGCCCAGAAGACAUUUCCGAGACCGACGAAUUUGAUGGCGAGCCUGGCAUGCGUAUGUCACGUGUUGAACACGAGCCUGGCAUGAGUAUGUCACGCCUUGAACACGAGUCUGGCAUGGGUAUGUCACGUGUUAAACACGCGCCACGUCGAACGAAAAGUGCGCAGCCAUCGACUCAUGUGAUAGAUUAUAAUUUAGAGCAACAGUACUUGAGAAAUUGUGGUGAAGAUUUAGGUAAGUGGAUUAUGAUUUGCUGACUAGAUAAAGGGGCACUCAAUAUCUAUAUCUGAGAGUCGAUUCUGAGUAAAAAUAUAUUUGUAUUUAACUUUUUAUAGUUACAUUUUUUGUUUUAAAUUUCAUUUUAGAACACGAGGAGCAUGUUUCGUCGAACUUCAUUGCUGCCUCAGAAUCAAAGAAUUCCAGGAAGAUGAGAACAAUCGUUCGUCCCGUAAAGGAAGUUCCUGUCGAAAGUGAAUAUGACGUCAGUCACUCUCGCCAAAGUUCAGGGUCGAGUGGUUCUGAGACCUCACCAGAUACUAGGUGGAGUGAAGUUGGACGUAAGCCUGAGCUUAUAUCUUAUAGUCAGUCAUUUUCUGAUUUAGAUAGUGAUGAUGCUUUUGGUGACGCUGAUAGGACUCAUUUCACGCAAUUUUAA